AUGAAUGUAGCAGGGGGAGACCAGGAGACUCUGCUGAGAAGCGUUGGAGCCUCAGAGGAGGAGAUCUCUCUAUGUUCCCUGGAGCUGAGAUCUCUCUGCCUUGUGGGAGCCACCCUGCAGGUGCCAGGUAGGUCUGAAGGACACCCCUCCCCAGGCCCCACUUCUGCUGGCUGCCCUUUCCAUUGGGCCUCAUCUGCCCCCUCUUACCUCUUGGUGACUGUCCUCCAGCUUUGCCAGGAGCGGGCCUCCCUCCAAGAUCUGCUUGCAGAAGACCAAAGCCUGUUCCUAGGAGAGAACCUAGAACCAGACAGCGUGGCCCCUGGGCCCCAGAGCCCCUCAUCCCAGGAGCUGGUGACAUUCCAGGAUGUAGCUGUGGACUUCACUGAGGAGGAGUGGGGUCUCCUGGACCAUUCUCAGAAAGAGCUGUACAAGGAGGUCAUGCUGGAGAAUGUCCAGAACCUGCUGUUCCUGGAGACCAGGUUCAAAGUAAAUGAGAUGCCUAGAAAGCUGGGAAUUUUUGUGGAAGAACGUGAGCUGCAAAGAUUCAUGAGUGAUCAUCCCUGGGACUUUAAGCUGAGAGAAAUCCAUGACUCUAAUAAAAAGGUAGAUAAAAAUCCAAAGAGUGACUAUGAAUUUAAUGAAAUUGGAAAGAGAUUCAGACAGUCUUCAAUCCUAAAUCACUGUAACAAAAUGAGCUCAGGGAAUGAGUGUGUUCAGGAUGGAGCAUAUAGCAAGUGCUUUACUGAUGAGACAGAGCUUUUUCAAUCCCAGGGGAAGCCUCACGAAAUGCCAAUGUCUCCAGAUAAUGAAGGGGAAAUGGCCUUGAGCUGGAUUUCAGAUCUCAUUCAGAUCUCACAUCAGAAAAGUGAUACUGGAGAAAUGCUUUCUAUGAGUAAUAAAGGUGGGAAGGCCUUGAGUCAGAACUCUAAAUUCCACAAUGGAGAGAAACCUUUUGAAUGUAAUCAAUGUGGAAAAGCUUUCAGGCACAGAUCCAAUCUUGCUGCACAUCAGAGAAUCCACACUGGAGAGAAACCUUAUAAAUGUAAUCAGUGUGGGAAGGCCUUCUGCUCCAGAUCAAGCUUCUUAGAACAUCAGAGAAUUCACACUGGAGAGAAACCUUACAAAUGUAAUAAAUGUGACAAAGUUUUCCAACACAACUCUGACCUUGCUGUACACCAGAGAAUUCACACCGAUGAAAAACCUUAUGCAUGCAAUCAAUGUGGAAAGACUUUCCAAAAGAGCUCCCAUCUUACUGCCCAUCAGAGAAUUCACACUGGAGAGAAACCUUAUGAAUGUAAUCAGUGUGGAAAGGCUUUUACAAGGAAGUCCAGUCUUGUUACACAUGAGAGUAUCCAUACUGGAGAGAAGUCUUAUAGAUGUAAUCAAUGUGGAAAGGCUUUCACACAGAGGUCCACUCUUGCUACACAUCAGAGUAUCCACACUGGAGAGAAGUAUUAUAGAUGUAAUCAAUGUGGAAAGACUUUCACCCAGAGGUCUGGUCUUGCUACACAUCAGAGUGCCCACACUGGAGGGAAGUCUUAUGUAUGUAAUCAGUGUGGAAAGGCUUUCAGAAGGAGGUCCACUCUUGCUGCACAUCAGAAAAUCCACACUGGAGAGAAGCCUUAUGUAUGUAAUCAGUGUGGAAAGGCUUUCAAAUUUAGGCAGAGUCUUGCUACCCAUCUGAAAAUUCACAGUGGAGAGAAGCCUUAUGAAUGUAAUCAAUGUGGAAAGGUUUUCACACUUAGCACCUAUCUCAGCAAGCAUCAGAGAAUCCACACUGGAGAGAAGCCUUUUAAAUGUAAUCAAUGUGGAAAGACUUUCAGAUACAGCUCCAGUCUUGCUACACAUAAGAGAAUCCACACUGGAGAGAAGCCUUAUGGAUGUCAGCUUGCAGAUGACCAAAGCCUCUUCCUAGGAGAGAGCCUAGAACCAGAGAGCAUGGCCCCUGGGACCCAGAGCCCCUCAUCCCAG